GCUUAGUUUCUCAGGACCUAGAUUUGCCACCUACUGCUCUACUCCAUUUUCAGAUAUCCCGGACUCAGAGAUUCCGUCCGUGCUGGCUGGCGUCUCCACACCUCUCUGGAUAUUCUUUCUAAAUAUUUAGUCUUCUCCUCUGUACUUUUGAUCCUGCAAUUCCUUCCUCCAGAAAUGACCUUCCUCAUUCUUCUCCUGGCUUACUCUUAAGGCUUCCAAAACUCAGCUCCAGUGUCCCUCCUUUAGAACCCCUGACCUCAGAACAUGAUUCCCCCUUUUAUCCCCAGCGCCUGUUAAGUGUCUGGAGAGCUGAGUUGCGUGGCUCGAAUCUGGGGGACCUGGGUUCAGCUGACUAGCGGGUUUCCACCAGAGGGGGCGCAAGAGACAGCGUCAUUUCACGGUGUCCACCAGGGGGCGCUUCCGCCUGCCUCUGGCGAUCCAGGGUUGAGGAACCAACCCGCGGAUUUGCCCCGCCUGAUUGGGAGAGGCACCGCUAAACUAUUUGCAUAAUCUCGAAAGGGCCGCGUUGAGUGGUCGAGGUGUAGAAGAAAUCUGAAACGGGCUCUCUCAUUGGCUUAAAUUUUCCCCCUUGCUCCGCGUCCCCAUCCGGGCCAGACCCGGCCAGGAGGUCAAUCGGAAGCUUCCGGGUAGUGGCGAGCGGGAACCCAGGUGUCCGGGCAGUGGGCGCUGAGGAGUCGCUCAAAAGUAGGGCCCCAAGGCUCAGAGCAGCUGGGUAUGGGUACCGAAAAUGAAAAUCCAGAGCCGGACUGCCAGAAACAGUUCCAGGCCGCAGUAAGCGUCAUUCAGAACCUGCCUAAGAACGGCUCUUACCGCCCCUCCUAUAAAGAGAUGCUGCGAUUCUACAGCUACUACAAGCAGGCUACCAUGGGGCCCUGCCUGGUCCCCCAGCCUGGGUUCUGGGACCCUAUUGGACGUUAUAAAUGGGAUGCCUGGAACAGCCUGGGCAAGAUGAGCAGGGAGCAGGCCAUGUCCGCCUACGUCACUGAGAUGAAGCUGGUGGCCCAGAGGGUGAUCGACACGGUGCCCCUGGGCGAGGUGGCAGAGGACAUGUUUGGUUACUUCGAGCCCCUGUACCAGGUGAUCCCUGACAUGCCGAGGCCCCCGGAGACCUUCCUGAAAAGGGUCACAGGUUGGAAAGAGCAGGUGCUGAAUGGAGAUGCUGAGCCUACCCCAGAGCCUCCCUGCCUUCCCAAGGAACCCGCACCCCCAAGCCCAGAGUCCCAGCCACCCAGGGACCAGGACUCUGAGGUUUUCUGUGAUUCCAUGGAGCAGCUGGAGCCUGAGCUGCAGGUUGGGGCAGAGCAGAGGGGCGCCCUGGGAGGAGAGCUCAACACCAGAAACAGCACCGAGUCUCCUGCAAAGAAAGGGAGAUUGGAAAGCACCCUGCUGGGGCCCCAGGAAUUGGACACAUGGCUGGUGGGGACGGUUCGGGCGCUGCAGGAGAGCAUGCGGGACGUCCAGGGGAGACUGCAGAGCCUGGAGAGCAUGCCUGUCCCCCGCAAGCAGGGACACAUAUUUGGAUGUCCUACCGUGAAUGAUUUUAGCGUGGACCACUAGCAGGGAUGAAGGGGUGACAGUCUGUUCCCACCACUUGCAGCCAGGGAAUGUCCAGUUCCCCAUCAAGCCCAUUUGACAUACAGCUUUUGACAAUUGAUAGAUACUCCUUGCCUGGAUCAAUAAUUUAUUUACUGGUUACAAAAAACAAUGUUGACUUUUAAAUUCUAUUAUUCCUUUAACAUUUAUUAGCUGUCAUUUUUCUGUAGAGUUUCCCUGAUCAUCUAGGAUUUCCCUGAAAUACAGUGCCUUAUGGAAGGCAGAAUAAGUGCUUAAUUCUUUCUCUUUAAUUAUCUAUUUUUAGAGUAAGGAGUUGAUUUAACAGCCACCUCAGUGGUGAUAAAUUUCCCCUUUCUCUUUGAGUAUCAUCAUGAACUCAUGGAUUUUAAAGACUCAGUAUUUCAGUCAACUGCAAUCAUCAUUCUUUUUGAUGCCCAGGCUGUCACAACUUUGGUGGGACCCUUUCAAGCUGGGUCCUAUGUUCUGGUAAUUUGACCUCAUUAAUCUUUAAAAGCUUCCUUGCUUCCUGGUACAAGACGUCUCACAUUCAAUUCUACCUUCCCUGCUCCAGACCUAAAAUCUGCCACUUCUCCAUUCAGCAGAGAAUGGUAUUUAGAAACUAAAAUCUGAGCACCCAGGGUCCUCAUUUGAAAUAUGUGGCAUGUCCUUUACAAUAUGGGGUCUUCGGGCCACACCAACAGGGUCACUGCUUUGUGGCCCAGAGGAGACGCCUCGAAGCCAGUCUCUCCACUCAGCAGCCUCUCCAGCCUUCAGCCUUCUCGGCACCUUGGGGGAGGAUAUGGGAGGGAGUUAGGGCUCAACGUGUCAGGGACAAACUGGGAGCCCCAGUCCUCAGACUGAGGAGAGGGAGGCAGAAGCUCCCACCUGAGCUCUGCAAGCAGGUUGCGAAGGAGGGCCCAGCCUGUGCUGAGGCCCGGGCUGGCUCCUGACUCUCUCCCCUUGGCGGCAGAGGCCAAGGCCCGGCACUGGGCUCUCUGUUCCCACGCUGCUCUUCUUCCUCCUGUGGCCCUUCAUCGUCCAGUGGCUCUUCCGACAGUUUCGGACCCAGAAGAGGUGACUCUCAAUGGAGGAGUCUCUGCAGCCAACGGAGGAGACUUUGAGCCUUCCUAGAGUUUAGGAGAACGGCGUUAAACCCCGCUCCCACCCCCUUCCUGCCCCAAUUAGUGUUUGCCUUGGCACCUCUCCCCUAAUGGGGAGCCGGAUAGGACUCCACUCUUCCUGCAGCUCCACAGAACUCCCCUCCUCUCACCCCCAACCACCUCAGGCUCCCUGGGGAGGCUGCACGUGUGGUGCACGUCCCCAGUUCAGGGUUGGCGGCUGAUUCUGGGGCGGAGCUGCCGGGUCUCAGCCUCUGCCCUCCCCAGCCUCUGGGUCACCUGACUCCUUUCCCACCCUAGCCUCUCCCCGAGGAGGCUCAGCUCGUGGGCAAGUUGGGACUUGGGCCGGGGCCUGGAAGAAUGAUUGGCUGGGAGGCCUGACCGAGCUGGGGAAAGGCGGAGAGAGCUAACCCCGGGGGAGGGGAGUCUGCUCCGUUUUCCUGGCCGCCCUACCCCCACAUAUACUCAGGACGUCUUCACUAAACAUUAACUUACAAAAGAGUGUUUCACUAAAUAAAAUAAAACCUUCAUCUUC